AUCUCUUCAGAGCUCCAUUUGUCUAGAAACUCGAGGCGCUUCCUCCUUUGCGGCAGCGAAGCUUGAGUAUAUCAGAUGCGCAAGAAGACGUUGAUCAGCCAUUCGAGCGUCUUCUAUCGAGUCCGGCUUUAUUUUUGCGCACUCUCCACCGCUUGAGUCCGUUGCAGCGAUUGCACAAGCAAGUAUUAGUUCUCCGAGGCUCUAAAUUUCCAAAAGUUUCGGGUCAGCAACCCCUCCCCCACGAGUAAAUUGUACCUCAGAUGGCUGACCGUACCACAUUAAAAUACCUUCCGACGCCCCUGGUUCUUCUCGAAGAAGGAAGCAUGAGCAAGGAAAGUUUCCCAACCACACUAGCUGGAUUCGGCCUCGAGUUCAGUCCCGACGGCGGACGGCUCCUGGAUCGCGACGGCGAAGCGUUCGUCUUCGAUGAGCGCCCUGGCGACAAAGCGUACAAUCAGGCGCGCUACGAGGCGCUGGGAAGAUGCGUAACGGAGCACAUCUACUCGCUCAUGGUGGCCCAGUGUGGCAUGCAACGGGCAAUUGUGCCCAUCGAUUCGGUCAGGGAGGGCGACCCAACGACCUGCCUGUUUCACACCCGUGAUCUGCUCUCGAACGAGUUCAAACUGAUGGUUCUGAUCCAGGGCUCUGGGGCCGUGAGAGCAGGCCAGUGGGCACGGAGCCUCAUCAUCAACGACAGCUUGGAGUCCGGCAGUCAAAUACCGUUCAUCCAGCAAGCCCAGGAGCACAACUAUGCAGUGAUCGUCCUGAAUCCGAAUGAUAACUACGGACUGGACCUUUCCGGCAAGCGGGUUCCCAUCGAGGGAAGCGAGACACCCGAAGCGCACACCGAGUAUGCGUUUGACCACUUUGUGAAGCGCUCGCCGGCCAGAGUCGUGAACAUCGUGGGCCACAGCUAUGGCGGGCACAUCGUCAACGCGCUGGCGAAGAAGUCGGCCGUUUUCCGCGAGCGUGUGACGCAGAUCGCACUGACCGACUCCACCGGAUCGCUGCGCGGCUGUGACGAAGCGACCCAGAGUUGGCUGAGCGAGCGCACCGUCAACUGGGCAUCAUCGGCGGAGAGCAUCGGCACAGCCAUCAAAGAAGCCUCCGGAACGCAGGUGAGAUCCGUGUCCGCUGGCGUAGCGGUUCACGAGCGAACCUCCUCAGCUGCCAUGGACUCCAUCUUUGCUCACUUUGCCGAAGAAGGAAGCAUGAGCAAGGAAAGUUUCCCAACCACACUAGCUGGAUUCGGCCUCGAGUUCAGUCCCGACGGCGGACGGCUCCUGGAUCGCGACGGCGAAGCGUUCGUCUUCGAUGAGCGCCCUGGCGACAAAGCGUACAAUCAGGCGCGCUACGAGGCGCUGGGAAGAUGCGUAACGGAGCACAUCUACUCGCUCAUGGUGGCCCAGUGUGGCAUGCAACGGGCAAUUGUGCCCAUCGAUUCGGUCAGGGAGGGCGACCCAACGACCUGCCUGUUUCACACCCGUGAUCUGCUCUCGAACGAGUUCAAACUGAUGGUUCUGAUCCAGGGCUCUGGGGCCGUGAGAGCAGGCCAGUGGGCACGGAGCCUCAUCAUCAACGACAGCUUGGAGUCCGGCAGUCAAAUACCGUUCAUCCAGCAAGCCCAGGAGCACAACUAUGCAGUGAUCGUCCUGAAUCCGAAUGAUAACUACGGACUGGACCUUUCCGGCAAGCGGGUUCCCAUCGAGGGAAGCGAGACACCCGAAGCGCACACCGAGUAUGCGUUUGACCACUUUGUGAAGCGCUCGCCGGCCAGAGUCGUGAACAUCGUGGGCCACAGCUAUGGCGGGCACAUCGUCAACGCGCUGGCGCAGAAGUCGGCCGUUUUCCGCGAGCGCGUGACGCAGAUCGCACUGACCGACUCUACCGGAUCGCUGCGCGGCUGUGACGAAGCGACCCAGAGUUGGCUGAGCGAGCACACCGUCAACUGGGCAUCAUCGGAGGAGAGCAUCGGCACAGCCAUCCAAGAAGCCUCCGGCACGCAGGUGAGAUCCGUGUCCGCUGGCGUAGCGGUUCACGAGCGAACCACCUCAGCUGCCAUGGACUCCAUCUUUGCUCACUUUGCCGAUACCGGUAAUCAUACUAGUGAGUAGUACUGGUUCACCCUGCAUGAUCGAUGGCCAGGUCAAGGAAUGAAUCCAGUGCAUGUAACUCUGAGUCUGAGUUGAUGAAUUGAUGAUGCAGAAAUCACCCGAGGACUGAUAGUUAUCUGCUACAAUUUUUAUUAGUACAAUAGUCAUGUAGCUUGUGCACAUCUACUUGUGAAGUACUUGUCCUAUAGAUCAUUCUCAUCUAACUUUUAUUCUUGCUCUCCAUGCUCAGCCUUUUUAUAUGCACACAUAUUGUUUCUAGUGAAAACUUUCGAGAUGUUGUUCAAGAGCCCGCUGAAUUGACGUGUGUCCUUCUUCUCAGUAUCAUUGUUGAUUUUGAUUCUGGGAGCUUAUUUUCUCUUGAUGUUACUCGUACAGUAACCAUGGUAA